CUAAGACCAUUUUUUUCCAGUCAGUAGACUAAAUCCGUAAUACAGUCUGCAAAGUGUCUCCCCACGUCGUACAUUUACAAAAUGGCUGCUAGCUUUGCGCCUCCAAUAAUUCAAGACAACCCCAAUGGUUGGGGUCCGUGUUCUGUUUCCACAGAAUUCAAAGAUAUACCAUAUCAACCAUUUUCAAAAGGAGACAGAAUUGGAAAAAUUUCUGACUGGACCGGCCAAUUUCAAGACAGGGCUAAAUUUUACAACAAAUACCAAUCUCAGUUUGCAGGAGGCAAUCAAUAUGCUUAUUAUCAUGAAGGAGAUGAAUCAUCCUUUCAAUUAGUUGAUACAACUAAACCACAAAAAACUGCUUAUCAAAGAAACAGGCAGCGUUUCAACAAUGCUCGUCUUAAGCGUGAGCGUGAAAAACAACAAAGAAAGGAAGCAUUUAUGAUGGGUCAGACACAAAUCAGAGGAAAGCAGCAAAGGAAAAACCAAAAGAAUUUUCAAUUUAGAAGAUGGAAUGAUAGACAACAGAUUCAAAAGCAUAGGAAUGCAUCUGUUGAUAUUAAAGAUAAUUGGAGGGUUAUUGAGGAAAUGGACUUUCCACGGUUAUCGAAGCUCAAACUACCUGAUUUACCAGAACCUGUGGAUUUGUACAAAGCAGGAACACUUGAAUACUAUGAUAAAAUGUAUGAUCGUAUUACUACUAAAAAUGAGCGUUUACUUGAAUCAAAUAAUCGUACAUUUCAUCGUGUUACUACAACAGAUGAUCCCAUCAUUAGAAAACUUGCCACAAAAGGAAAUGUGUUUGGUACAGAUGCCAUUAUUUCUACUCUUAUGUGUUGUACAAGAUCUGUUCAUCCAUGGGAUAUUAUAGUACAUCGUGUUGGAAAGAAAUUAUUUUUUGACAAAAGAGAUGAUUCAGAUUUUGAUUUAUUACCUGUUUAUGAAACUACUCAAGAAGAAAUGAAGGAAGAAGGCAUUAAUAGUCCAGCAAAUCUUGCUGUUGAAGCUACCUAUAUAAACCAAAAUUUUACACAACAAUGUUUGAAAAAAGGAGAGUUUUUAUCUUUUGAAAAUGAAAAUCCAUUUGUUGAAAAUAGCAGUGAAGAAGUCGCUUCUGUAGGAUACAGAUAUAGAAAAUUUUCUCUUGGUGCUGAUAUUGAUGUAGUAAUUAGAUGUGAACAUGAUGCUGUACUAACAACUCCAAAUAAUGAACUUCAAUAUCUUAAUAUAAAGACGCUAAAUGAGUUUGACCCAAGGAUCAGUAAAAUUGAUUGGAGGCAAAAGCUUGAUUCACAGACUGGUUCCUGUCUUGCCACUGAAUUGAAGAACAACAGUAAUAAAAUGGCUAAAUGGACUUGUAAUGCUAUACUUGCUGGAUCUGACACUCUUAAAUUUGGUUAUGUUUCUCGUGUUGCACUUAAUGAUGCAUCUCGACAUGUCAUUCUUGGUACCCAGCAGUUCAAACCAAAAGCAUUUGCUCAACAAAUAGUUCUAGAUAUGGACAAUGCUUGGGGCAUUUUGCGUUGCAUUGUAGAUACUUGUAUGAAGUUAGAAGAAGGAAAGUAUCUACUACUUAAAGAUCCAAACAGGGGUGUUCUCUUAUUGUACGACAUACCCGAUAAUUCAUUUGAAAGUGACAGUGAUGAAGUCGAAGAGGAUGACGACGACGAAGAUGAUCAAAAAAAAUAAAAUUCAUAUUUUUAUAAAAUGAAUAAAAUAAACAAAGAUGUUUUUGUUGUUUUUCAUAAUAAAUUUUUUUUAGUUGUUAAACUGUAACUGGACAAUCCAGCGAGUGUGGUUUAUCACACUUUGACGGCAUUAGCCCAAAUAUAUAUUUGAAAAUGUUUAGUUAAAA